UGUGCCGGCAGUAUAUGGUCACCGCUUUGCGUCAUGGCGGUGGGCCCCGUUCCAUGGGAAUCAAAAAGUGGAGAGAAUCUCAGCUUCAAUCCAUCUGACAGCUGCCUGUCCACGGUUCAGGGUAUCAUUGGAUGGUGAAGAAUGUGACUGUUGGAAAUCGGAGAAUGCAACUGUUGGCCGAACUAACUAUAGAAAGGGAAGAGGGCUGAGAAGGUGCGCGGGUAAUGGCGAGCAAUAUAGAUCCAACAUAACCCAUGUUACUCCCUGCACAGCGCCAUCUACUGGCGUCCCGAUUAGUGGGAGGGCGCUUGCUACUCACAAUGGCAGGGAUUGCUACCCCCCAUCUCAACCCAGCAAUGGUUCUUUUAACGCGGACUGUCCCUCCUCGGACUCCCUCGAUUUUCUUUCAUUUCAUCUUCUCUCAUCAUCACUUUUCCUCUCUCAACCAUGGAAGAUUCAUCGUUUGAAUACCCCAGCGACAUUCUCUACACACAGGAGCCUCUCUCGGGAUACAAGUUUGGCGGAUACCAUCCCGUCCGCAUCGGCGAUACUUUCAAAGAUAAUCGCUACACCAUACAUCACAAGCUCGCGUGGGGAGGAUUCUCCACCGUCUGGCUUGCCCAUGACAAUCUGCGACACCGAUGGGUCUCGUUGAAGAUCAAAACCGCAGACACUUCGUGCAGUUCUCAAGAACUCCAAAACCUCCAGCAGCUGGAGAAGAUCGCCGCUCCAGACGAUCUCUCGUCCAAGUACAUCCUCCACCUGCUGGACGCUUUCAUUCAGCCAGGCCCCAACGGCAUCCACCAAUGUCUCGUGUUCGAGCUGAUCGGUCCUACCAUCGAUCGCAUCAUCACUGACUACCGCGAGCUUUCGGAUUCCCUCGAUCCACAGACCAUUCUUCGCUUGUCGAGGCAGCUCCUCAAAGCCAUUGAAUUGGUCCAUAAUGCGGGGGUGGGGCAGAUAGACAUCAGCGGCAGAAACAUCGUCUUCAGCGGUAGGAAUCUAUCCUAUGCAUCGGAGAAGAUCAUCUUUGCGGUCUUUGGCUCGCCAGAGCACGAACCAGUGACCCACCUCGAUGGUACUCCGCUGCACAAAGGCUUCCCAGCGGCUCUUUUCGGACCGGUGAGUUGGGAGGACUGGCUAGAAGAGUUUGCUGAGGAGCUUCGCAUCUUCGACCUUGGAGAAGGGUUUGCGCAGGAAGAGAAGUCGCGGAUACUCGCGCAACCGGGACCUUCGCGGGCUCCAGAGUUGAUCUUUACUGGAAGGUCUGAUCACAGGACUGACCUGUGGCAUACGGGCUGCAUGCUAUUCUUUUUCGUCUUCGGGACAUACCCUUUUGACUCCGAUGUAGAGGAUAUGGUAGUGGUCGAGCAGAUGAUUGACCUUCUGGGGGAGUUACCCCAGGAAUGGCAAGCUACCUGGGACCGCAUGCGAGAAGAAGCAGGAGAUAUGAUGGAUUUCCAAGGAGAUGAGGUAUUCACCCUGGAGGACCGCUUCGAUAAAGAAGUGGCUGAGCCAGAGCUUGCUCCUCUUGUACCGAUCAUCCGAGCAUUGCUGGAAUUCCGGCCUUCGGAGCGCAUUACCGCUCCUCAAGCUCUUGGUCUUUUGGGGGCUCAGGGUCAAUGAAUGAUGUCAUGAAAUUGAGUUAGCUAGUCAAUUUAGCAUCUGAUGUAGAGAAGAGAAUAUAUAUAUAUAUAUAUAUGUUUUGAAAUUUAUACAGCGAUUAGUAGCAAGAAAAGAUGGCCAAGAAGAGCAUCGCUAAUAGCACCCACCUGCAGUAGCACCCAUCAUCCGCAAAAUUAGGUAGCUCUCUCAGCAAGAUGAACCUUCACUACCGUUCCAUCAAUAGGCUUCGCGGUGACCUGCAUAGU